UUGCGUGAGCUGCGUGCGUGCGUGCGUGCGUGACCGGAGCACCAGUGCGGAGGACGGACCGACGGACCGAGCGAAUUCACCAGUGCACCCCGGGAUCUGCACUCCGGACGCGGGACAAAAGCACCCGAACCUGCACCGAGCCGCACCGGACCCGCACGCAGCACCACCCCGGCGAUUAAACGCGGGAUGCGGGAUUAUUUCUUCGCUUUCGGACGUUCUCGUUACAGUUUCUGCGCUUUGUGACCCGACAAACAAUACUCCAGGACCAGCGCUCACAGGCCCAGAAUGAUGCGGCUGCCCAAAGGCGUCUCUCCGGGUCCGUGUCGCCCCGUCCCCGCGUCCCCGUCCCUGCCGGGCUCGCACCACAAGGGCCUCCUGGGGGGCCUGGGGAGUCCGCCGCCGCCGCUCAGCACGGUCCCCGCCGGAUACUUCACCCAGAUCUGCAACACCAGCGCGGCCGAACAAAGAGCGCACAGCCUCUACUCGACCCCGCACGGCCCCGAAGCCAAACCGGUCCGCUCCUCCACCGGCAGACUCCCGGCCAAGAGGAAGCUGGACCUGGAGGAUCCUUCGUACCUGCCUGAGUUCCGCACUCCAAAGGGCAAAGGCAUCGUCACCCGGAUCUCCAGCCCCAGAACCCCGAAGUCUCCAGGCGAGAGGACGAGGUACGACACGUCCCUGGGCCUCCUCACCAAAAAGUUUGUGAACCUGAUCGCCGAGAGUCCCGACGGAGUCCUGGACCUGAACUGGGCCACGGAAGUCCUGGAGGUCCAGAAGAGACGCAUCUACGACAUCACCAACGUCUUGGAGGGAGUGCAGCUCAUCCGCAAGAAGUCCAAGAACAACAUCCAGUGGCUUGUCGGUGACGUGUUCGAGGGCGGCGCCGGCGGAGGGCAGAAGGCCGGCGCUCUGAGGAAGGAGCUGUGUGAGCUGGAGAGAGCGGAGAGAAACCUGGACGACCUGAUCCAGUCCAGCACGACACAACUCAAACAGCUGACCGACGACCACAGCAGCCAGAGGUUGGGUUAUGUGACGUACCAGGACCUGCGCUCCAUCUCCAGCCUCAGGGAGCAGACGGUGAUCGCGGUCAAAGCUCCUGCAGAGACCAAACUGGAGGUGCCCGACGCUCCGGGGCAGAGCAGUUUACAGAUCUACCUGAAGAGCACCAACGGGCCCAUCGAGGUUUACCUGUGCCCCGAGGAGGGACUGGAGGAGGCCAGCCCCGUGAAGGGAGGCCUCACCCCGAAGAAAGAGUUCCCCGCUCCCCUGGGACCCCCCACCAUCCCGGCCACCUCCACACACGACUACUGCAGCCGCCCGGAGCCCGGCCACGCGAGCUCGUCCGCCGCGCCCCCGUCUCUGCUGGACGUGGAGGGUCUUCUGGGUUUACCCCCCAGUCUGCUGCAGAUGACGGAGGACCAGCUGCCCGGCGCCGCCCUCGCCCCCUUCGUCAGCUUCUCUCCGCCUCUGGACCACGACGACUACCUGUGGAGCCUGGAGGAGCACGAGGGCGUGUCCGACUUCUUCGACUCCUACGACCUGGGCGACCUGCUCAAGAGCUGAACCCCAAAACCAAACCUCCUCUGCAGCUGAACUCUGAGUGUGGAGUCGUUUCAAGCAUCAAACUCGUGGAGAUCUGUAUUUUUGCAAGAAGGUGAAAAUGACUUUUAAAUUUACAUAUUUUAACAUCGAACUUUCCUUAAGAAGCAGGAAAAAUGCAUUGGAAUUAUUCCUUCAUUUCAUGUUUUUUUAUGCAAAUGAGACAUUUAUUAGGUAUUUUUGUACAAUUAAUUUUGUAGGUCGAAAAUUUAGUUAUUCAAAAAAUCUAGGAAAAAAAUGUAGGAAUGAGAAUCUGUGUGUCGUUUGUUCAUUCGUUUUUCAAUAUAAAAUCAAAAAUAAGAAAAUGAAAAGACAACUGUUUUCUUCAUUAUUUGUCUCCAAAACUAAAAUUUAAAAAACAGAUAAUGAUUUGUUUUUUCAGUUUUUGAUUUUGUGUUUAAAUGAAAAAUGGAAAAAACGGAUAACGACCGUUUCCCGUUUACGUGACUCUCAU